AUGAAAAUUCAAAUUCUUCUCCUGUUGUGCUAUUUUUCUGUGACUUUUUCGAGUCGGCCCCUGGAACUCGAAUUCGUCUGUAAUUCCUAUCAAGAGUGUUCGGAGGAGAAAACGCAAUUGGUUCAAAUUUGUAACCAACAAAAUCGCCAAAAAUGGGACCAAAAAUGUGUGCAAAAGAUGAAAAACGAUUUCGAUGGAAUUUCAAAAUACGAGGAAUUGAUAAAAAUGGAAACGAGGAGUUGCAUAGAUUUGGAUUUGAAGGAGAUGAAUAUUUCGUUUAUUGGGAAUAAGGAUAAGAACCGCUUUUGCGCUAGCUAUCUGUUCAAUCUUCCGGACACCAAUGGAGACUGUGCACUGCGAAUCGCCAGAGCCCAAAAUCGAUGUGAUGCGUUGAGAAGGUGUUGUGAGCCGGCGGUGAGAUGUGAGCAACAAACAAUGUAUAGUGAAAACGGUAGAACACUUAGCGGGCUUCAGGAAGAAGUGGAGAUCAAAAUGGCAGAGUGUGCGCAGCAUGAAGAACUGCGCCCACAUCCAGAACCUCAGCCUUCCAAAGUCGACAAAUCUAUCAAAAAGCAGCGAAAAAUCAAAAUCAUCGAGUCUCCGCCGUUUUCGUUGUGCUUGAAAUAUUUGCAGUGUCAGAAGGAUGCUCAUCAGAUGCGAGUGAAUUGUUCGAAGGCUUCAAAUCCCCACACCUUGGACGGCUUGGAUUCAGAUGACAUCUCAGAUUCCACGUGGCAGAACUGCAAGAAGUCUUUAGAAGAGGACUAUUAUUUGAUGAAUCAGCGGCGACAAGAAGCAUUCGCCUAUUUGGAUAAAUGUGUUCCAAUUGCAAAUGUGACAAGAGAAUUCAUGAUAACUGAUAGAAUCUGUCGAGCAAGUACGCUGAAGGAUAGGAAACCCAGAAAGGAGGCAAUCAAUUGUCAUUUCGAAGUUUCCAGGAAACGAAAGGAAUGCGCUUUGUUAAGAGAUUGCUGUGUACAGGCGGAUGUGUGA